UGAGGAACCCCGAACCCCCCAUGGACCAGACUCCAACGCAAUACGAUCUUUCUCCCGCCCCAUACGGGCGCGCAUGUAUGAACUGUUCACGCGCGAAAUGCAAAUGCAUCCUGUCCAAAGAUGGAGGUCAAUGCCAACGGUGUCAACGUCUGAACAAAGAGUGUCGGCCCUCCGCAUUCCAGCGCCGACAAAAUCUCCACAAAGCUACGGCCCCGAAGAGCGGCCGCUUGGAGAAGAAGCUGGACGAUGUGGUCGCCUUGCUUCGUGCCCGGGCGGCGCGUUCAUCGGCCGCGGAUGAGUAUGCCGACUUGAUUGAGGCGGAGCUGAGCUCGACAGCGACAGGUGCCCGGCCACGGAGCUCGCGCGGUGUCUCGCGGAAAACGCCCAGCGGAGAGUCUCAAAGUCUAAGAAACCCGCGGACCCGCGUGCAGUCUUCCAAAUCAAUUGAGCAGGGAUGGGAUGGCCUGGCUGAUGCUGCGGAUGCUGCGCUUGACCUCUCACCGUGGCAGGCUGAGGAGUGCUUGACGGCAUUCCUCACGCAGAAGCUGCCGUAUCUACCCUUCAUUUACUUUGCGCCUGGGACGACGGCCCGGCAUCUGCAGCGCGAGCGGCCAUUCAUGUGGCUGUGUGUUAUGGCCGUUGCGUCGAAGAGCGUAAAGCAGCGCAGUGCGCUCUGCGAUAAGGUCAAGGAGGUCGUCGCGCAAAAGGCCGUACUCAACUACGUAGGUCGCGAUCUCGACCUGCUCCUGGGCAUAUUGAUCUUCAUUGCGUGGUCUGGCCAGCAGGUUUUCCGCAAACUCAGCCUGAUCAUGUUCAGCCAGCUCGCCCUUGCGGUCGUGUAUGAUCUCUCACUGGACAAGCCCUCUUCCAUCGAGGGCUCUCUCCUCCUUUGUCUUUAUUCCUCACUCGAUGACCCCCCUGCGACGCCGCCGGCGCGGACCAAAGAGGAGCGCCGAGCAGUUCUGGGUUGCUACCUUCUGACCUCGAGUAUCUCUCUUUUCUUCAAGAAAGCAGAAUCCCUGCGUUGGACACCCUACCUAGAAGAAUGUCUCGAAACCCUCAGCCGGCACCCCGACUGCCCCAACGAUGAGGUUCUCGUCCAUCAAGUACGCUGCCAACUCAUCAACGAGCGGGUGAACCAGACCGAAGCACCACCGCCACACUCUCAUUCCACCCUGAUGAACCCAUAUUCAACCCUCCGAGCCCCAGUAUCCACCUACCAACACGCCCUCAACUCAUACCUUGCAUCCGCCCAAACCAAGUUUCCUCCCCACACCCAAGAAUACAAAAUAAUCCACCUUCACAACACCCACACAACCCUAUCCCUCACCGAACCCUCCCUCCUGCACACCACAUCCACCAACACUGCCCCGUCCCCGUCAGCCAACACAAGCAUAACCACCCGCCUCAACCUCCCCCAUCUCGAAACCCUCUCCACCGCCCUCACAGCCACCAAAGCCUGGUUCGACACCUUCCUCUCCAUCCCCCCGGCCGAGUACACCGGCUUCCCAUUCACCGUCUUCGCCCAGCUCGCCCGGACUCUUGCGGCGUUGUACCGGCUCUCCACCCUCGAGGAUCCGCUGUGGGAUCGCGCGGGCGUGCGGCGGGAGCUGGAUGUCUUGGAGGUGUUGGACAGCGUGAUUGGGAAUCUGGGGCAGGCGGCGGCGUUGGCGAGGUUGGAGGGGAUGAGGCCCUUGAGAUCUGGGUCUGGGUCUGGGUCUGCGGGCGAGGGGGGAGAGGGGGAUGGAGAGGUGGUGGAUGACGGGGAGGUGUUCUUCUACUCGGUGGGGAAGUAUGAGUCUAUGCGGUUGGCGUGGCAGAGGAGGUUUGGGGGUGGGAGUGGGAGUGGUGGGGAGGAGCCGCAGGGAGCUGCCGGAGGAAGGGGGGUAUUGGGUCAGGAAUUUGGGGCUGGCGCUGGGCUUGGGGCUUUGGGGCUAGGGGUUGCGUAUGAUGAUUGGAUGAGUGAGUUUUUGAACUCGAUGGUGCAUUGA